CUUCGAAAGCAGCACCGAUCCUGACCCUCCAUUGCCGAUGGCCCGCCGUCAUCUCCGCCGUCCAUGUUCUCCUCGGCGCUUCCUGAAUCAUUUCCAUUUAAAGAAGGAGGGGGGACGCGAAAAGGGAGGAGGAAUUCCGCCGAAAAUCGGAUUCGGACCGGGUCGAUCAUGGACAUCCGAGGACCGAUCCGGUUCCGCAGCUCCGACUCCUCCUCCUCCUCCUCCGCGCACCACCGCUUCCUCGGCAGCUUCUCCCCCCUAAACCCUAGCCCCCCCUCCUCCAGCAACGCCGCCGCCGCCGACGACGACGACGCUGACGACGACGGCGACCUCUGCGAGGACGACAUCUUCUCCGCCGUCGACUUCUCCGUGGCCGCCGAACACCGCGGCGGCAACGGCCUCAGCGGCCAGGUUCCCGCCGCCUCGUCUCCUCGCCGCCGCGAUCGCCACCUCGGCCGGCACGGGAACUCCGGCUUCGGCCCGCCGGAUGGCUUCGGCAUACUCGCGGCGCUCCCCGAGCGCGAGGCUAGCUCCGUCCUCGCACGCAAGGCCUCGGUCUCUCCUUCCUCGUCUCUCUCGGCGGCGGCGGCGGCCGUUUCGUCCUCGCGGAUGAUCCCUGCGAUCCCGCGGCCCCCGCAGGACAGAUUUCCGCGGGCUCAUUUUUCGUCGGCGGAGCAGUACCACCAAUCGGCGCCGGUGAACGUGCCUGUGCUGAUGGCGAGGAGGCAACGCGAGUUCGUCGAAGUCGAGGACGAGAAUGGCGAUGGCGAUGACGAGAAGGAUUUCGAUGGGGAGGAGAUGUUGCCGCCGCACGAGAUAGUGGCGAGGCGAUUGUCCCGUUCGCAGAGCGUCGCGUGCUCGGUGCUCGAAGGCGCCGGGCGGACGCUGAAGGGGAGGGAUCUGCAUCGGGUCCGCAAUACGGUGUGGCGGCAAACAGGUUUUCUAGAUUGAGAACGCUUCUGUAACUGAGCUGACGGAAUAUUGUGAUGUCUGGUAUAUUAGAAUUUGGCAUUCAUAAUAUAUGAUUUUAGGUUAGUAAUAGGGACGUAUUCUUCUAUUAUUAUGUUGAAAUCGUGCCCCGUUCUGGCUCUUUUACUUCUCUAUUCCAACUGCUGUGAAAAUUUGCACGGGUUAGAUGAUUAUUAUAAAGUUGUGAUUCUUUGAAAA